AUGGCAACUGACUCUCAAAAGAAUAAUGAUGAUCAACGAGAUAGUGCGAAGGAUAGAGAUUUAUCUAAGAAUGAAGUAAAUGAAGGUAGACCGACUGAAUCUUCAUCUGAACCAUCUGAAACUCAUCAAAAGACCAGUUCUAAUCAGAAUAAGGCAAGUCAAGAUAGUGCAAGUAGUGGUGAAAGUGAAGAUGACGUCAUCAGUGACCCGGGUAGUGGAGAUAGCCAAACAGGCAAUCAACAACCGCCACAAGGUUAUCAGCAGCAACCUCCUCAGGGUUAUCAGCAGCAACCAUCGCAGGGUUAUCAGCAACCACCUCAUGGCUACCAGCAACCACCGCAAGGUUAUCAACAACCUCCUCAUGGCUAUCAGCAACCUCCUCAUGGCUAUCCACCACAAGGCUACCAACAACCUCCCUACCCAAAUCAACAACCUCCUCAUGGCUAUCAACAACAACGACCGCCCUAUCCAAAUCAAUAUGGCUAUCCACCCCGUCCCACUCAACAACCACCCUAUCCCACUCAACAACGACCACCCUACCCUAACCAGGUAGCUAAAGGUGGUAAGUCCGGAUCAAUGUUUAACCUUAAUACUAUUGCUGCUUUAUUGUUUAUUGGUUGUACUUUAGUAACUCUCUUUUUGGCUAUCAAAUCAAAACUUGGAUCUGGUGAUGAUAUUACUCAGGGAACUCUUUCUCAAGCCGAGUACAAGAAAAUGAUUGAUAAGUUUGCUUCUGAUUUCGGUAAAGUAACUCCUCAUGAUUGUCAAGAUACGAAAUACUUCGGUCUGAAUGAUGAGUUUGAUGGAUUAGUUCAGUAUGCAAUGCCUGCUAUCUUACGUGAAGAGACUAACCUUUCUGAUAACAAUACGCGUAAGAAUGUGUUGCUUUAUGGAUUGCCAGGAACAGGUAAGACUUUCUUUGCUAAAAAGCUCUUGAUGAUGUUAGCUGUUAAUAUUAAGGCGCAUAAGUUACGUACUGAAUUAAGGCGGUAUACAUUGGACGUAGAUACUUUACUGAAGAAUCGGACGGCUUUAGAUGAGUUAUAUGACUGUAACGAUACGAUUGAGAUGUAUACGGUUAAUGCGGGUGAGUUUUUAGAGAAGCACGUGGGAGAGACUGAAACUAAGACAAAGAAGUUCUUCCAGUUUCUUAAUACGCGGCAACAAGACAUUCCUAUCUUGAUUUUUAUUGAUGAAGCUGAAAGUUUACUGGUUAAACGAACUAGUGCAACGGAAGGGGCUGGAUCUGUUUAUAAUAACGUAGUAGUUAGUUGGCUUACUUGGCUAGAUGGUGUUAUUAAGGAUAAGUCAAGAAGAGUUAUUGUAGUAGGAGCUACUAAUUAUAAGUCGAGAAUUGAUGCGGCUAUUAAGCGUCGUUUUGGAGUGAUGAUUGGUAUUCCUUUGCCUUUACCGAUGGAACGGGAGACUGUAUUAAAAGAACGGUUAUUGAUGUACUUAUCGGACAAUCAGCCGAAGGCUUUACAGAGUUUAGUAGCUCAAUCUGAAGGUCUUUCUUUGAGUAGGAUUGUUUUGCUUUGUGAGCAGAUUAGAGAUAAGAUGGCAAAGGAAAGAAUUCCACCUUCUUUAGCCUAUGCUUUGGACCUCUUUAAAGUAACGCGAGAGCAGAUUAAGCGGGAAGAGGCUAAGCAAGAGGCCGAUCGGAAGAAAGCAAACCGAGAUAAGGAAGAGGAUAAAGAUGCUCCACAAGGUUUGGAAUCAAAUAUUGGGUACAAAUCUAGUGAGAGAAGUCCGAAUUUGCUGGUUAUCAAUAAGUUAGAACUGGAUCAGAUUGAAGAUCAGAGUGAGAAGGCUGAACAUGUGGAUUUAAAAAACAUUGGGGUUGAGAACAUGUUGCUAACCCACCGACCGUCUCUUCAGAACACGAAGAUCUUUGAGAUGCGAGCCGUUCGAUCACCUACCUUCCAACGUGCUGUAGAAGUUCUGCCUUCAAGUCAGGAACAGAAACAGAGGAGAAGUAGAGAAGAUAUGACCUGGGGUGAAUCGAUUCGAGAUGUGCUUGGUCGGGCGGUGGUUUGGUUUAUGCCGGCCCAAAACCCAAGGAUAUAA